UGCUUUCCAGGUUGCGCCGGUGCGGCCGCCUUCUGCUGUCGAGGGCUGAAACUCAAGGCAGAGUUUUUCCCCCUCCGUCCCUCCCUCGCGGCUCCUGGCCGCUCCGACUUCCUUUACCCGACGCGCAGAGCGCGCGCGAGAAACUUCUCCGAAAGGGAGCGCGCCCUCGAGCGGUGGCCAAGCCGCCCCGAAGGCUCGCCAAGCCGUCGCAGCCGCCUUCCCCGGUGGGACUGGAGGGCUCCGCCGGAGCGGGCCGCCCGGCUCUCCCGCGGCACCCAAAGGACGCUCCCGCGGGGCGGCUCCUUUCGCCCGCCGAGCUCCUGCCUUUGCACCAGCGCUGGAAGCGCGCUGGCAGCGGCCGCAGCGCCGGCUUCUUGGCGCUGUCUGCCUCCCGCGCUCGGGCGCCUCGAGGGGGCGAUCGGAGAGGCUCCCCCGGCCCUCUCUCCGCCCUUUGACGGCUCCAGGCGGAGUUGGCGGCGGCUCCACGAGGCGGGCUCUCCUUCUCCGGCGAGCGCUGUCGGCGAAGGGGCAGGAAGGGACGCGCCAUGGGCCAGAGGGAGAGCGCCGGCUUCUCGAGCAGUACAUGCACGUAUUUCCAGUCCCUGCAAUGAAUGGACACACUGUCCCCCCUGGUGACCCUGCCCAUGUGCCCAUCUGCUGGAAUGAGUUCUGCGAGCAGCAUGCCAUCACCACUGCCAAAGAGCUGGCCCGAAAGUACCUCCUUUUUGUCAGCGAGAAUCCCCAGCAUGAAGUCUUGGCGGCCGAGAGCUUCUCCCACCAGUUUGCUCACCUCUUCCAGCAGUACUUCCGCAACGAGGUGAAGGAUAGUUUUGCCAUGAACCAGUUCCGCAUUCUGUCCUUCAGCAGGGUGCAAGAUUACCGGGAGACUGGCCGGAAACAUGCUGACAGCUCUGUGGGGACGGUUGUGACAAAAGUCGAAGUGGAAUUGGCUGACCAGGCCAACAGAGGGCUUGAGGGGGCCCACUCUCGUGGCCUGCCCAAGUCGUGGAGUUCUGAGGAACUUACGGGCUCCGCUGCUGCGUUGGCCGCGAGGAGACCCUUUUCCCUGGAUCGUCUCAGGAGGAGUUGGCGUAGCUUUUUCCGCAGGAGAUCCUCAGAGCCUUCCCCCGGCGAAGGGGAAAUAUUAGACUCUGUUUCAAAGUCUGGCCUUGCCCGGAAGAUGUUCCCUUGGGCCCUCUCGCAAGAUCCCUCGGCUCAGAUUCGGAAAGAGGGCAACCUAAAAUACUGGAUGUUGACUGAGGCUACCAUGGACAGCGGGGCACGCUGGCAGAGAUGCCGGCUGGUUUUACGGAGAGUGGGGACUUCAGACAAUGAAGAUUACCUCCUGGAGCUGUAUGAUCCCCCCAAGAGUUCGAGGCCAAAGCUGCAAACCGCCUGUUCGGCAAUCCAAGAUAUCCGGCGCUGCACUCGCCUGGAGAUGCCUGACGACAUGGACACCUUUGUGCUCAAGGUGAAUGCUUCCAUGGAUGUUAUAUUUGAGGCUGGAGACGAUCAGCAACUGCAUUCCUGGAUGUUUGAAAUUAAAGAGUGCCUCUGUAGAGGGUCAGAAGGCGCUGAUGUCGAGUUGAUCUCAGACUCUCACUCGGAGGCCAUGACCGCAAGCCCCACUAACAGUAGCACAGACACUCUGAACCAAGUUGCCAUGCAGUCUGGCCUCCCGGAUCAGCCCUGCCAGAAGACAGAUCACUACCUGAUGUCCUUCCCUUGGUUCCACGGCCCCAUUUCUCGAGUCAAAGCUGCUCAGCUUGUCCAGCUCCAGGGCCUUGAAGGACAUGGGGUUUUCCUCAUCCGACAGAGUGAAACCCGCAGGGGAGAAUAUGUCCUCACUUUCAACUUCCAAGGAAAAGCAAAGCACCUGCGGCUCUCACUGACAGAGAGGGGCCAGUGCCGUAUCCAGCACCUGCACUUUGCCUCUAUUUUGGACAUGCUGCACCACUUCCAACGCUUUCCCAUCCCCCUGGAGUGCGGCACUGCCUGUAACGUGCAGCUGUCCAGCUACGUGGUGGUUCUUCCACAUACACAAGGCUCCAGCAACAUAGUUCCGCUCUCCCCCUCAGUCCAUCGUUGCCCCCCUGAAUUCAGCCUCGUCCAGCUGACCCCAUCCAGCUGUCCACGGAUCCACCUGGCUGACAACCUUCGCCGCAGCUCCUCUGUGGAGCAGAUAUUCCACCUGGUGCCCCCUCCAGAGGAGCUGGCCAGUGGCCUGUGGCCUAGCAGCAACCUGGCCACGUCUCCUACGCCUGCAUCACGCCAGUGGGACAAUGAUUAUGAGAUGGACUCACAGAGCAGGGGCCACCUGCGGGCGGUUAACAACCAGUACACAUCCCUCUGACACAGCGGGAUAGGGGCAACCACCUGCUUUUGCACGAGACUCUUGGGAAAUGUUUUAAAACGCUAUGGAAAACAGGUCUUCCUCUCGGCUAUGUUGGCUUGUUAAGAUAGAUCAGUAGCUCACUCCACUAUGGGUGUGACCCUUGGAUUAGGCCUGUUAAAGGGCCUCUCUGUUAAGUCCCCCCCCCCCAAACUCAAAACAUUUUCCUCUUAUCGGUUUUGCACAUGGCGCCUCCUUUGCUUUAGGUUCCUAGUUUAUUUUUGUUGUUAUCAGUACAUACAGUAUUUUGCAGAUGGCUAAAUUUUGGUCUUUCUGACCAUGUUCCUCCUUUUGGGGAAAAGGGUAGGCAGAAAAAAAAAUCUUCAGUUAUGGACAAAA